AAGAGUUCAAAUGAGUAGUAACCAUGAGUUUCACUUCAACCAUCAAUCUUCUCUCUCAAGUUCCACUAAAGAACACCACCAUCACCACAACCAACCAAUUCCCCCUUCAAUCUUCAACCUUUUCUGCUUCAAUUUCACAAACCCCUAAUCCAAAACCUUUUUCAAAUCAUCUCCUCUCAUUAGCCAUUGCCUUCGUCACGCUUACGUCACCACCCUCUUCCCUUGCAAUCCCCUCUCUUUCUCCCCCCAAUUUACCCUCCUCCACCACCCCUUUCUCCCAAUCCAAGAACCUAAUCACUGGAUUGGACAAUGGGAAAAUUAGACCCUGCCCAUCAAACAAUCCUGGGUGUGUUUCGAGUAAUCCGAAAUCAUCGAAUUUUGCGUUCCCUUGGAGGGUUCCGGACAAGUCUUUGGAUAAUGCACUCCAGCAAUUGCAGGAAGCAAUACUAGAAACUCAGAAGAAUGCAAAGAUUGAGGUAGCAGAAGAUACCCCUGAUGGCCAAUAUUUGCAAGCAACGGUUGAUGGAGGUUUUGGGCGCGAUGUUUUAGAGUUUGUGGUGAAAGGAGAUGUGGUAUCUUAUCGGUGCAUGGCGACAAAGGUUACAUAUGUGUACCCUUUCACCACAGCCUUUGGGGAUUCAAAGGGUCAAGAAGAAAGAAUAAGGAAGAUUGUGGACCAAUUAGGGUGGGAUGCUCCUAGUUUUAGUGCCAUGGAUUAGUAUUAUUACUUCAAAUGUAUAUAUACUAACAAUCAUAUGUUCAUUGGCUCUAUUUGUUUCUGUUUAAAUUUGAGAUAGUAAAUGAUGUUGUUUCAUUCAUUGUUAUGUAUGUUAAAUAAUAACUGUGGGUGCACACCCAUAAUUUUUUA